AUGCCACUUCAAAAAAUCAAGGACCCGUUCCACAAACUCAAGGAGACGCUGUCCAAAUACCUACCGUCUUCUACAAAAGCAACUACACCAACAAUGACAACAUCAUCGAUCUUCGGCCUUGGAAAGCGACCUGAGCCUCCGAAGGCGUCAAAUCCUGUACCCCAGAUCUCUGCCGGCGGAUCGCGCAGCAACAGGAUGUUCCCGAAGGAGCUAUCGCCCGAUCUGGUGCUGUUCAACAAUAUCUUUGCACAGCUGCAUAUGGAGUGCAGAGCUUGUCAUGCAGAGUUACUGCUGGAUAUCGAUACACAUCUCCAAACCUGGCUCACUGGCACGCAAGUCAUCCCGCCAAACUCUCAGAUUUCUGUCUUGCACUGCCAAAAGUGUGAUCAUUCGACUUGCGUUGGAUGUGGUGGCGCGCCAAAGCUGAACAAACACCACUUCUUCACAACCAUCGGCGUGGUCAAUCAUUGCUGCUAUGAAGGCAAACUCUUUGGUAUAUGGCUUCUCCUUGCCAGAUUCGACAAAGCUGAAUUGCCAGUCACACAGGCAUCGACCUCCGCCAAUCCGAAAAGAGGAGUCAAACCGAAACCAAAGAUGCCACAUGCCUCAGCCCAAAAUGGUGUUGGAUACAGCUCGAGUGGUGACCCAUACGGUGCAUAUUACGAAAUGGACCACGAUCAGUUUGCUGCAUACCUUGAUGAUUAUGAUGCCAACGAAUCUGAGGAUUUCCCCCCGAGUGCUAUGCCACCAAUGCCGAUGCCGGGAUUCCAUGGACACUACAUUGGUCCUCCAACUUAUGUAGUACGAGCACCUUCCAUCAAAUGCACAGAGGAGAAGACAAAAUCCCAAGACGAGCUGCUCAUCGAUACCCUCAAGCUUUUAACGACCUUCUUGCCUGGCCCUGGCUCGCCGUCGGGUCCAAUCGAAGAGAUUCGACUAUAUCGCCUUAGUUUCCUCUUCGACAGGAUCGCCGAGUUGCUUCGAAAUGAUUCUAUAAUCGACAUCACACAGAGGAAGAAGCUCUAUAGAGAAGUCUUUACGUUUGUCCAAGCUGUCGCAAACUCCCCUGACCUCGUUGGACUUUUGCUAGAAGAGCGCCCCGAUAAAUGCAAUAGCCCUGGCAUUCAUAGUAUCCAAAAAUCGUCGCACAGGCCAGGAUUCGCCCUUGAAAACCUUCAAGAUAUUCCAGGAAUAUUCGCGCCGUCGGUAUUCACAGGCAGCUUAGACACGUACCGUCAAGCUAAAUCGUUCCUUACCAUUUCCAACAUGCCACAAGGAGAUCAGCCUGGAGCUCCGGUAUUGAUCAGGAACAAGGCCCCGUCCAUUUCUCGGGAGAAGAGAGACGACGAUGAUUCGGUCCAAAUGUGUCAGCUUAUCAUUGACAUAUACGAGUAUCUGCAGAAGCACAAGGAUCGCCCGACGGUUGCGGUUGACCAUACCGAUAUCUGGACAAAGUUUGCGGAAGAAAAUAGGGUAACAUUCGAUGACGAUGUACUUAAAAAUCAUCGCUUCAUAGCCGAGAUUAAAAACCUCAAGGCAUCAAAUACGAAGGGCCGACUCGUAACCAUUGGCAAGGAAGUGGCAACUAUGACAACCUCUCUUCCCGCGGGUAUCUUUGUCAAGGUUGCUGAAUCCCGAUCCGAUGUUAUGAAGGUUCUCAUCGUUGGCUCCGAAGGCUCACCAUAUGCUCAUGGGUUGUUCAUUUUUGAUCUUUUCCUUGAUGCCAACUAUCCUUUUAGCCCUCCCAAAAUGUCCUUUGUCCUUGACGGUAAUGAUAGCGAGACCUAUUCGUUCAACCCUAAUUUGCACCGAGGUGGUGGCGUCUGCUUAUCCCUUCUGAAUACGUGGGAAGGUAAUCCUAGUGAGAUGUGGCAGCCGAUGAAAAGCACCGUCCUCUCUGUCCUCAUUAGUAUUCAAGCUAUGAUCCUCGGUGCCCCGGUCCCUUGGGUUAACGAACCCGGAUUUUCGAACCAAGAAAGUACGCCCCAGGCCAAAGACCAUAAGUUGCUUAUGCAGACCAAAACCGUCAAAUAUGCCAUGAUAGGUUGGCUUGAGAAUAAGUUCAGCAUCCCUGACGCAAAGGACUACGUUUGGAAGGAUACCAGUCAGAUGUACUGGAAGCACAAUGGUAAGGCUGCAUUCGAGACUGUGAAGGCAUGGGCGGUCGACAAUCCUGAUUUGGAGAAAUUCGGUGCUAAGUCUGCGGCUCCUAAGAGAAGAAAGGGCAAGAGUAAGGAAGUCCAGGCUGGGUCGGUCCCAACGCAGGAUCUCGUCGAGAAGCUUGCUCAGUGUCUGGGCCUGCCUUGCGACAAUUCAUCCCACAAGCGCAAAGCCAGCUCAUCUGGUAAAUCUAAUGACUCGAAGAAGCUGAAGUCCGAAUCCUCAGAAGAUGACAGCGUCGAGUCCCGAUGGUAUUACAAGGGUGCGAAGACGACGAAGGAUGUUCGCGCCGCCUGUAAGGAGUUCGGUAUUGGCUCUGCUCCCACAAUUGAUGCCUGCAUUACCAAACUGGAGAAGCAUGUCAAUACCAAGGGAAAGGCGAGCGAGGAGUUGGUUGAGAAGUGGGGCGAGAUGAGAGAGGUUUUCCGUGUCGUUGAGGCUGAUUGA